GGCACAAGAAUGAAGAAGCAUGAGGAGCUUGAGACACCUACAUUUACUACUUCCAUUCCUGCCAGUGUCCGUCCUUAAGCUCUAUGGGAAAUCACAACCGCCAUCACACCAGCAGAAAUUUCAUUAGCAAAUUUUAUAACAUUUGAAAACUGUAAGACUCAGUGAUUGGUAAUAGUAAUAUAUCUGUGCCCAGUGUUAGGGAUGAUUGUGAGGUCAGGUGAUUUAGCAAGUGAAGGUCGGUCUGAGCAGCAUUUUCAAGCGGUGACUGACCUUGUUUUCUUUUAACCCCUCAGCUUUGGUAAAUAGAACUAUUUACUCAGGUGGAGGUAGGUGUGUUAAGCAGGCAACAAAUCAGUUAAAGCUAGGAGUAGCUUGUAUUUGAAACAUUUCAGUCAGGCCUGAUAGUUAUUAUUAUCUCCCACCGAGCCCCCAUUUACUUACAUUGAUUAUUAAUCAUUCUUACCACUUAAAAGGUCUCAUUGAUGCCUUUUAAUGAAUUUAGUAGCAAGGAAUUUUUAAAUGUUUAUCAAUGGUAGCCUAAGAUACAGCCUAUUUCUUUGAAAAAUAAGACGCUUGAUCAUUUUGCCCCCCCCCUCUUUUUUUUUGAGACAAUUCAUAGUUUGUGCCUUUAUACCUUCUAUUGAAGUGUGUAUCCUACCAUAACCAUUACCUUCAUUCCUUAAUUGUAUUAUUUCCAAAAUUGGAAUCCAUCCCUCAGUGAGCUUUAUUCAUUUAAUGCAAAUAGCAAGGGAUAUGCACGGUGGCAAGCAUUUGGGGUUAACAGACACCAUAUUUACCAAAGUUUUUUUUCAGUAAUCAUCAGAUAUCAGUGAAUUGUAAUGAACUGUCAUGAUUUUAAUCUUGAAAUUUCUUUUGUUGUAAAUAAAGUUCACCACCACAGUAUAAGUAAAAAAUAAUAUUCCUGUAUAUUAUUAGUUUUAUCUAAUGGCUAAAAAGAAUUAAAAAGUAAGCCAUUUUCUUUGUCUUUUUGUGCAUGUCACACCUGCCUUUUUGUGAUGUGUCUUUAUGUCCAGUGCAAGAAAGGUUGUCUCUCUUCAUAAGAAGAACUUUUGUUUUACACAACAUAGAAAAUCCAGUCAAAAGUUUAUUUUGCUAUGCUAACAAUAUUGAGCAGAAAAGCUUGUUAAAAAAGGAUACAAUUAUACCUUGAUUAUGGGCACCUGUUUGAGUUAGCUGUUUUUUUGUGAUUUUUUCUUGUUUAGGAAAAAAGGUACUUAUGCUAGAAAAAUAUGCUUCAAAAUGAAAUGUAUCUCACAGUUAUCUCAGAAGACAAAUCAUGUCAGAAUGAAUUAUAUGUAUUCUACCAUCAUAAGUUUUAUUUGUUAACAUUGCUAUGACUGACAGAUCACAAGUAGCGUACAUAUAUGGAGGUACCUGUCACUAAUUUCCCUUUUGUUGUAGAUGACAGAAGAGUAAGAGCAUGUAGGGAGUAGUCAAAGGUACUACUCAUAUUUUUGUUUUAUUACUUUGUUUCAAUUGUCUCAUACAUAGUAUGUUUUGCAUAUAUUUAGAAAUGACUAAAUACAAUUGAGUUUAUUUUCUUUGUAAAUGUGUUUUGUUCUGCAUCAAGGAGGUAUAACAGGAUGUCUUGUGUAGGUAAACAUUACAUAAAGUUUUUUUUCAGAACAGGCGGUGUAAUCAAGGUACAAAUGUAUACAGUAAGGAGAGAAAUUGUUUCUGUGAGUUUGAUGUAUUUUGCUUUGUCUUAUGCUGUAAAAAACAACCAAAUAUGGAAACCCCAGAAAAAUAAGAAUGUAGUUCUAAAAUUUGCAUUUUCAUAUGAUUGUAUUUCCAUUAUGCCUCUAAAUAUUGAUAAAACCAAAACCCAGCCUAUUAACAUGUGAUUGUGUUUGCCAUUAUGAUAACUUCUCACAAAAUAAAUCCUGUCAGUGUUUGGUCAACAGUAAUUGAUGUAAUUGCAAAUUUGUAAUUGUAAAAUGUAUUUUAUUUUAGAAAUGGAAAGAAAAGACAGCACUGCUUUCAUUUAUUUUUAAUGUUUGUAAGAUCAGGAUUUUAAUAAUUUUUUAAAAUUACAGAGGAAUGUUUUUGUAACAUUUGUUUUCAGUUAAUAAUGGUUAAAACUCUUUUUGAGCCAGAUUUUCAUAUUUCUGAUUAUUUUGCUGUUUGAUUCUUGAUUUUUAAUGUAUAGAUAAGUCAUGGAAAAUACAGUAAAGAACUUGGAAA